CUCACAAAUGUCCUUAUAUAGGCCUAGUGUCAUUGUUGUCUUGUUUAAAAUCGGGUUAUUGAGCAUAUUAUGUUUAUUCCAGGGUUUGUUGUCAAUCCUUAGAAAACUAAAGAGUGCCCCAGACCAGGAGAUACGCAUUUUGCUCCUUGGAUUAGACAAUGGUGGAAAGACGACACUUCUCAAACAGCUAGCCUCUGAGGAUAUUAGUCACAUCACACCAACACAGGGCUUUAACAUUAAGAGCGUGCAGUCUCAGGGCUUCAAACUGAAUGUCUGGGACAUUGGAGGCCAGAGGAAGAUUAGACCAUACUGGAGAAACUACUUUGAAAAUACUGACAUGCUUAUUUAUGUCAUAGACAGUGCAGACAGGAAGAGAUUUGAGGAAACGGGACAGGAGUUGUCUGAGCUGCUCGAUGAGGAGAAACUUAGUGGCGUACCUGUUUUAAUCUUUGCCAAUAAACAAGACCUGCUGACCGCUGCUCCAGCCUCUGAGAUCGCAGAGGGACUGAACCUGCACACCAUUCGGGACCGUAUUUGGCAAAUUCAGUCCUGCUCUGCACUUACGGGAGAGGGAGUCCAGGAUGGCAUGAACUGGGUCUGCAAGAACAUUACUGCAAAGAAGAAGUAGUGAGCCUAGUACUUUUUGUAAAGGGAAUGUGAAAAUCAAACUUCGUGGACUGUGUGGAUUUUCUACCAGCUCAUCCAGGUUAAAGGGAUAUGAGGAGGCUUUUCUGACCCCUCUGAAUCAUUCCUCAGCCAUCAACUCUGUCUCACCUGCAGUUACUCUGUCAACACUGUGCAACAGCAUGAUACUCUGAAUUAAUUUGAUUUAUAAUGUACAAUCAACCACUGAAUUGAGUGUAAUAAGUGUGUGUUUUUUUGUAUUAUUAUUAUUCAUUAGAAUGUUGUCUGUUUGAUCUUGGAAUCUAUUUUAAUAUCUUCUAUGAUUUAUUCAUUUUAGAUGCUUUAUUCUAUGCUAGACUUUAAAAAAAACAU